GCGGUGUUUCGAACUGACAGCUCUAUAGUCGUCAGCAAUCCACAGUGUUGUGCGGAGAAACUAAAAUUUCAAAAUUCCCUCUAAAUUUGCAAUUCCCAGUCUUUCCAUCCCCAAAUCAAUUUUAAAUUUUGAAUUCGUCAAGUACGACAUGCCUCGAAUCAUUGUCAUACCUUCGCCAGUGUAGUGGACCUAACAUUUGUAGUGUAUGUAGUACGUAGUACAAACAUUUCAGUGAAUAACGUAUGACUCGAUGAUGUCGAGAUACUGAAAAGUUGAUUGUACCGUUUGCUGCCAAAAUGUGGAGUCCAACCCACGUCCAAGUGACAGUUCAAAGGGCCAAAGGAUUGCUCACCAAAGGAAAAAACAAAAGCAACGAUUGCUUCGUGACCAUAUCGCUUGGCAAAGAAAAGUAUCAAACCUCGGUGAAAGAAAAGGCUAGCGAGAAUGUCGAAUGGCAUGAAGAAUGUGAAUUGGCAAUACCACAACAAGGAAAUACCGCCGAGAUUACCCUCACGGCGCUUCACCGCAAUUUCCUGGGGGUCGAUGAGUUCCUGGGCAUGAUUAGCAUACCACUUUCCACCUUCGAUGUUUAUGAGAGACCCAAAAACAAAUGGUAUACUCUGAAUAGCAAACCGGGUAAGGAGAACACUAAGGAAAGAGGUGAACUCGAGGUAAAAAUUGGCUUCAUCGUGAAAGCAGGAAGUCUUACAGACUUGACGAGGAAAGAGCGUCACAAAAGCUCCCUGGGACAAUUAUCGACGGCCGCACAGUCCAUAGGAGGAAGUUUACUCAGUAUAGGAAGUCUAGAGAAACGAAAGGGCUUGAAAAAAUUGGCAAAAUCGAUAGGCAAUAAAGUUAAGGGCAAAAGCAAAAACAAACUUGAUCAGGACAACUUGGAUGAAAGAGACGAACAUCACUUCCGACCCACCAGACAAGAACCUGGUGAAGCUGAUCCAGGAGUCAUCAGUGAAGACGAGGAUGAAUUCGCAUUCGACGCCAUCUCUCUUAAGAGUUCAGCAUCGUCUCUCAAUGCACCAACGUCGGCUAAUCCAGCUGCGACUUCUAAUAAUAAUAUAAACUCGACAAGUACAACGAACACGUCUCAAAAGGUUCAAGCCAUUAACGAAAUUAAUUCAGGGUCUCCUACUUCUAACAUCGCACCAAAUAAGCCACCAAGAACAGCUAUCAGUUCGAACUCAUCUCCGCCAAAAGGAGAAAACCCAAACGAAGACGAGUGGGGUCGCAAGCUUUAUGGAAAGCAAGGAGGCAAUGCUCUCAAGAGGUGGGACAAUAAGCCCAGUCCCAAGAUUGUCGUCGAUGAACCGAGAAUUGAACGUGAAAUUUCACCAGCACCUUCUCCACUCCCAGUUUUGAGAUUCAGAGAUACUCCAGAGCCACCAAAUCCAGCUCCGCGUGAAAUUUCUCCAAAGAAUAACAAAGAGGAGAAAAAUUUCGUAAACAAAAGUCCCAAGGAAGAGAAAAUAUUGACGAGAAGUCCUAAGGAAGAGAAGAUUUUUAAAAAGGAGAAGAAGAAGGAGAAAGAACAUCGAUUCAGAGAUAUUAAUGAGGAUCGUUCUUCUUCUGAAAGAAUUAUUAUCGGUGGUGAAGACGCUAUCAGAAACAAUAUCAGCAACAAAGGUCGACUGCCCCACGAAGUUCUUGCCAAAUUUGAAGGAAAAUCGAGAGAAGAUUUAAUUGAGUGGAACCUCCAACUACAAUCAGAAGUAGCAGACAGCAAAAAACGUCUUCACGAUCUGGAGGACUACAUCGACGCAUUAUUACUCCGUGUGAUUGAAUGCUCACCCCGACUUUUGCAAAACCCCUUCCAAACACAGAGACGCUUAUCCUCACCUGGGCAUCAAUGAAUCUUUUGUAAAAUAUUUUUCAAGAUAAAUGUAAUGCCUGCUUGAGCUCUCUCGACUAGUGUUAAGUGCCGCAAAUAAUUUAUACAGGAUUACAAAAAAUAUAUGAGAAAGAUAAAUGAGGGAAAAUAUUUUUUAACUAUUGAAAAUGAGUAUGAACUGAAAAUUAAUUAUGAAAAGCAUGGAAGAUUAAAAAACUUGAAAAAGUGCUUUAUGAAAAUAAAAAAAUUGUCAUCUGUCGCAUACAUAUUUAAGUGCCAACCAAUGAUUUAACCUGUGCAAACGACCAGUAGCUUCCCUGUGGGAAAUGUAACGUCUUCCUCAAAAUAAUCUUCAGUGUUUUUUCAAUUUUCGAAGUUGCUCAAAAUUUGUAUGAAACGACUUCAAAAUUGCCCUUUUCGUCCGAAAUCUCGUUUUUUUAAGGCAGCUGAUAGGCAAAUAUUACAUUUGGUAAUCUAAAACUGUGCGGUCGUUAAUAUCUUGCACCACAGGAGUUCAUUAUAUACUUAAGUUAUUGUUUAAUGUUCAUUUGUUAUAAUUAGAUCAGUAACGAAAUGAGAGUGAGUGAGCAAAUGAAUAAAAUAAAACGAGGAAUAUAAUAUCACUAUAGUGCCUUGAAAAGAGAAAAUGCAUUCUUAUAAAUAUAGUCUUUAGAAUUAAAAAUGCAAUACGAUCUUUUGUUAAUGAUAUUUACAGAAAAUGUAACCUCCGUUAUUGUUAUGUAUAUACAUAAACGAGAAAAAAGUGCAGCUGGAAUUUGUAUGUAAUAUUCAUUUCUCCAAAUGUAUCAUUGUUUCUAAAAUUAUUGUUACAUUUUUGACUUUCAUUUGAUAAUGUUAAAAGUGUUCUUAGGGAUUUACUGUUUACUAAAAUCGUUUCGCUGAGUGUCGGUUGGUAGAACGUAAAUUCUUUGUUGUUUGUAAAAUUGUAAUCUUGAUAAAAAUAGAUAUUCUUUAACAUAA